AAAAUGCACUUGAUUCAUUUCUUUCAGAUGGAACUGGAAGCAUUACGUUCUAUAUAUGAAGGAGAUGAAAGUUUCCGGGAAUUAAGUCCAGUUUCAUUUCAAUAUAGGAUAGGUGAAAAUGGUGAUCCCAAAGCCUUCCUCAUAGAGGUUUCCUGGACAGAAACAUAUCCCCAGACCCCUCCAAUCAUAUCCAUGAACGCUUUCUUCAACAACACCAUAUCCUCAGCCGUGAAGGAGAGCAUAUUAGCCAAGUUACAGGAAGCGGUGGAAGCCAACCUCGGCACCGCCAUGACCUACACGCUGUUCGAGUACGCCAAGGACAACAAAGAGCAGUUCAUGGAGAAUCACCAUCCCGUGAACUCUGCGGCAUCCAUAAGCAAUAUCCUCUCAGUUGAAACUCCUAAUGUAGCCCCAUCCAGUAAGAAAAAAGACAAGAAGGAACAGCUUACAAAAGCCCAGAAACGCAAGCUGGCAGAUAAAACAGAUCACAAAGGGGAGCUCCCUCGAGGCUGGAACUGGGUGGACGUGGUGAAGCAUUUAAGCAAAAGUGGCACUAAAGAUGAUGAAUAGCACUUGGAAUUGGAAACAAGGGAAGAACAUCCUUAAAAAGUAAACUGGGUUCAAACUCGUCACUCUUUUCUGGCAUUGAGGUGGCUUUUUAUAAAACAAUUUUUUUGUAUGUUUCUUACAUAAAAAUGUUUUCAGCUGAAAGUUCAUGAAGAGAUUUGGUUGUAUUAAAUUAUUUUCACAAACUUGCCUUAAUAAAAGGUGAAAUGUUACUGUUUAAUAUACUUUGGAAGCCUUUUGAGGUUUGUCAGUGGAAUAAGGGGAAUAAUAAGUAAUCAGUGUUAACUUAUAUGAUCUUAUGCUAGUGGAUGUGAUUACUUUUUUUUUUUUUUAAGACUUUUCCAAAACUCCUGUCCCAGGGAAUGAGCACUGAGUGGACAAUUAUUCUGAAGCAUGAUCCAGAUUCAUAAGCUUCUCUUAAUCAAGUGUUCAUCUCUUCUUUCUCCCCAUUACUGAGGCAUAACUUGCCUCAGAGAAACUUAAAUCCUGGUAUUUGAGCUUUACACAUAACAUUCUUUGUAAUGCCUCCCACCCCCACCCCAGGGUGAACUUCUUCCCUGUAAUAAGUGAAUAUUGGUUUAUGCUUUCCUCUCAGUUUGGGUCAUGAUGUUUGAUCAUGAGAGCUUUCCAUGGUGUGUGGAAGAGGAGAAUAUAAAAACGGAUCUGUCUCAUACAUCAGACAGCAUCUGAACAGAAGUGCUGGUUCCAAUUUAAACGUUUCUCUUCCCUGCACUACCAAGACAGGAGUACAAGAUGCCUUAAUCUUUAAUUUUUGUAUUGUUGGAGCCAGUGGUCUUAAUAAAUUCCUGUUUAUCUGCUAUCGUAUAUCUUUUGUUGUUUGGUAACUGAGGUCUUGUAAAUGACUUAGCAUACAACCAUGUUCCAUGUUUUGUUCCAAGUAUUCAAAUGCAUUUCUCACCCCGCGCAUCGUCGUAAUAAUAGGAGUAUUUCAAAUGCUGAACUGUAGUACAUGCUUGAUUGUUUUUUUAAUCAUUAAAAGAGGAAACCGUUAGUGCAAUUUUUCCAGGGGGUUACUGAUGCCUUUGUGCGUUUUACAGUGACUCUGUUUCUGCUCCCAGCUUUAAAAAUACUUAGGGCUGCUGCUCCAGGGUCCCAAAGAGACGUUGCUGGUUCCUCAGCUGCACUGUGUAGCGUGGGUCUGCGUUGUUGAAGAACAAUUAUGGUUUUCAAAAGUUUCUUUAGCAUAAGAGCAGUUUGAGUUGUGUUCAUGGUUUUUACUGAGCUAACACUGGCUUCAGUUAAAUUAUGAAGCAAUUAUAAUUAUGGUGAAGAAACUUAACCUCAUUUUUAAAAGCUGAGUAGCAUUUUAUUUCUUGAAACUAGAGGCCCAGUGCACAAUUUGUGCACAGGUGGGGUCCCUCAGGGUGGCCUGCGGGAAUCGGGCCCCAGAUCGCACCCCCAGCCUCGCAGCCCCGCAGCCCCACCUGGCACCCCACCGUGGCCUGGUGCCAACCCCUCACCUGUUCCACCAUCCUGCCUGCAAGGUGAUCUGUCGGGGCCAGGGACCCCGCCCGGCUCCAUCAGCCCCUGGGAGCCAGGCAGCAGCCCCACCCCCCAUCGCCGCCACUGGUCGCCAUCUGCGGGGCGAUCGGUCCGGGUCAAGCCCCUGCCACCGCUGCUGCUGGUUGCCAUCUGCGGGGCAAUUGGCAGGGCAGUUGGGCCCCCGCUCACACCCGCCUUGGCCUGGCACCGCCCACUCACCUGCUUCACCAUCCCGCCCUGGUCCCGCUCUCGUUGAGGCCCAUCUGGGUCAUAAGCACCUCCACUGCCGCCCGCCAUGUUCCGCGCCGACCCCUGGUAGUCAGCGCACAUCAUAGCGAGCAGUCGAACUCCCAAGGGGACAGUUUGCAUAUUGGGCUUUUAUAUAGAGGAAUACAAUAGAAACAUUAAAUUCAGGGCUACUGAAAUAUGCCGACUUCGUUUUGGGGUUGUGUUCGUACUUUUUUAUUGUGUUGAUUUGUCUGUUGUUUUUAAAGAAGCUACUACAUCUGCUAGUGGAAGAAAAGCCUUUGUUUUGCUCCGAAGAGUCUGAAACUGUUCAAGCUUAUCACAGUUCAUAGAUUGCAAAGAAUAACGCUAGUAAAAUGCCAAUGAACUAUUUUUACUCUUUUUAUAUGACAUGUACAGAUCCCGGGAGGCAAUGGUGGCACUGGUGCCUCUUACCUCCUUAUGUGACUCUUGAACAUUCUCUCAUCAAUAGUGCCAUCACUGUUCAACACUCCCAGUAUAUUUUCUCAAACUGUUUACUUAAAGUUGUAUGGAAUGGCAUAAUUAACAAGCAAUAAAAUCUGGACUACACA